AACGGUUCGCCUCUUAAAUUCAAAUGCUCUGCAAUUCCUUUUCGCCUUCGAUCACCGCAGCAGAAAUUAAUGGCGACGCCUUCUAAUCAAAAGUUUGUGGCUCGCUUUCACUUCUGCUCGUAACAGAGUUUCACCUUUUCAGUGUUCUACGCAGAGAAUGGUCACUGCAGCAAUGGCGACGCCGCUAAAUCUUUCAAUCGCUUCUGUUCGUUACAGAGAGUCUUCUUUUACGUAUUUUACGGCAAGAAGAAACUCAACUCCGAGACCUGUAAUAUAUGCUCUGUCAAGUUCCUAUGGCGAUUCUUCGUUGUUGGGUUCCUCUAUUAGAACAAACUCAUUGCCAUCAAAGCUUGAUCCAAUUGAAUUUUAUUCUAAUCCAAGUAAUGGUGUGAUAGAAGCCAAAAGAGGGAAUCCACCUAUAAUGCCAGCAGUGAUGACUCCAGGGGGGCCUUUGGAUCUUUCCACUGUAUUGUUCCGAAAUCGCAUAAUCUUCAUUGGGCAGCCAAUUAACUCACAGGUUGCUCAGAGAGUUAUAUCUCAACUGGUGACUUUGGCGACAAUUGAUGAAGAAUCAGAUAUUUUGAUGUAUUUGAAUUGCCCAGGCGGGAGUACAUACUCUGUCUUGGCAAUCUAUGACUGCAUGUCCUGGAUAAAGCCCCGGGUUGGUACAGUAUGUUUUGGAGUAGCAGCAAGCCAAGGUGCACUUCUUCUUGCCGGUGGAGAAAAGGGAAUGCGGUAUUCAAUGCCAAACGCCCGUAUUAUGAUACAUCAACCACAAAGCGGGUGUGGGGGUCACGUGGAGGACGUAAGACGUCAAGUGAACGAAGCAGUUCAAACUCGAUAUAAAGUCGACAAAAUGUAUGCAGCCUUCACCGGCCAACCACUUGAAAAAGUGCAACAGUACACGGAGAGAGACCGAUUCUUGUCUGUAUCUGAGGCUAUGGAGUUUGGUCUCAUCGAUGGGGUUCUGGAAACGGAGUACUGAAACAGGCUUCUAUACAGUCUUCAAAGUCUUUGUAUCUCUACUGCGUUAAUUAGAAUUUUGCUUAAUUCAUCGAUUAUUCUAUUGACUGGUCUGAACAUUUUUAUAAGUCUACGGAUCUCUCGACUGCUACGAUAGCUGCAAUGCAUAUUUGUCCAUAUGUUUA